AUGCGCGAUGGUCAGGCCGUCGGAGGGCGGUGGGCUUUUGAUAGUUGGUUGGCUUCUGGCACUCCGUUCCAUCGGCGCCGGUGCCCAGCUAGAUCCGGAUUACGGAUGUCCGCUUCAAGAGAGAAUACUGCCAUGCAGAUGCUCCACGCGAGAUAUGGAGAUUCAAAUAUGGCAAGUUUGAUCAGAUAUGUAAUCCCAAGUGAUGAGGAAUUCAUGGACAAUGUUGAACGCCAUAAAUUCACACAGGUGUAGUCACAGCGAGCUACCAAAGGUACUGGGAGGUCUGCAAGCGGUGAAUCGCUAUAUGGACCGACCGGUAGACGAGCUGAUUCUGGAGAACAACAAUCUGCCCAGUCUACCCGGCAAAGUGUUCGCGACUUUGCGAGUCCUGCGCUUGAUGCUGCGGAACAAUCGUCUCGAGAGAGUGUCGUCCAACUGGUUGGAAGGUCUACAUGACUCCUUGCUGGAACUCUUCAUUGUUGAGCCUGAACUACGAUCGUUACCCGUAGACAGUCUGGAGAAUCUGCAAGGUCUCGAGGCGGUGACGCUGCAGAGUCGCGUAAUGAAGCGAUUGCCAAGAUUUUCCAGCCUUCCAAAACUGAGAUAUCUUCAGGUCAAUUCUCCGGCCUUGCUAGAACUCGUCCCGAGAAAUUUCCGGGACGUUCCCAGUUUGGAGCAGUUGCACGUAUUGGGUAGUCCGAGACUGACCAGACUGGAGGCCGGGCUUCUUCGAGAUCUGCCUCGGCUAGAAUUGGUCAACAUCACCGAUUCCGGAAUUCAUUGGAUUCAUCCGCGAGCUAUGAUCAAUCUGUCGCAGCUCAAGGAGAUUUCACUGGUCGGAAACGCCAUAAUCGACGCUGGUAUGGUCGGCCGCGCGUGUAUGGAUCUCCCAUCACUUUCGGUGAUACGUCUGGAUCGAAAUCGCAUCAAUCGCCUGAGCGAAGGCUCCUUCGUUGACCUUCCCGUUUUAUCGCACCUCUAUCUGUCACGCAAUCAUAUCACCGAGAUAUUUGCCGCAGCUUUCCAACGGCUACCAAUGCUCAAGUCUAUAGACUUGAAUCACAAUCUGAUUCACCGCAUUCAUCCGGAAUUCUUUCCGCACCGAACUGGAAACGCGUUGGAAGAGAUGUGGCUCAUUAACAAUGACCUUAGUCAUGUAGCUGAGAUACGGUCGGUGCUUGAAGCUUUACCAAGGCUAAAGUUCCUAGACGCCAGUCAUAAUCAGCUAGAGGAAAUACCCUUCGGUGCUCUAAGGGGCCAUCCCACUUUGGAGAGACUCCAUUUGAAUCAUAACAGGCUCGCAUUUUUGCAAACAGAAACAUUUACGGCGAUGCCAGCACUCAGAGAGCUCAGGCUGAAGAACAAUUCGCUAUCGAACUUAUUAAAAGCUCCCUUCUGGAAUUUACCAGCGUUAAAAGGUCUGGAUCUUUCGGAAAAUUACUUUCGUCGUAUAGAACCACGCUUGUUCAUUAAUCUGCCAAAUCUUAGACGGCUGGAUCUUAGUGGUAACGCUGUAGGAGUCAUCGAACCUGAGUCCUUUUUGAGUACACCGGCGCUGGAACACAUUAAUGUCUCCGGAAACGCCUUGUCCAUUAUUCAUUCCUUGACUUUUCGGCAUUUGACAAAUCUGUACGAGUUGGACGUCAGUUUGAAUCGUAUGCUGGAAGUGGUUCCCGGUCUACCAAAAGACAUCGAACAUCUUUACAUGUCCAAGAAUCGUAUCGUCGCCCUACCAGUCGUGUCCUCUCAAGAUCUAGCUCUGCCUGCCCUACGAUCGUUGGAUUUAAGCUCGAAUGGAAUUGAGAGAAUCCUGCCUGGCACCCUGGCUGACUUGCCGAAUUUGACAAAAUUGAAUCUAGGCUACAACGCGCUGAGACUUUUAGACGAUGGCGUUUUUGACGGACUCACGCGACUGGAACAGUUAGACUUGAAAUGCAAUCGGCUGGUCACGUUGCACGGACGAAGCUUCCGACCUCUAAAGUCAUUGAUGGACGUGAAUCUUCGGGGCAAUCGAGUGGAGGUUCUACGACCGGAUAUUUUUCAAGAGAACACGAGAUUGCAAAGGGUUGACUUGAGCAGAAAUAAUCUCGCACAAAUUCCUCACGCGACAUUCGUCAAUACUAGAGACCUUCGUGAACUGUAUGCGUCGCACAAUACUUUGACCGAGUUACCCGGAUCGCUGCACGGCUUAACAGCUCUGCGGGUCCUCGACUUGAGCUUCAACAAGCUGAACAUCCUAUCGCCGGAAACGCUAAGCAGUCUAUCGUCCUUGUUGGAAUUAAAGCUGGUCAGAAACCAUAUACGAGAGCUGCGAGAGGGUGCGUUCGAUGGAUUACCGCGAUUGUCCCUGAUUGAUCUCGAAAACAAUGAUCUCAGGGUGAUCGAAAGAAAUGCCAUCAGAGCGUUACCGGAGUUACAGGCUAUCAGAUUAGGCAGAAAUCGAUUGCAGUCCAUCCCCAGUGGCGCUUUCACCGAAUUACCGCUACUGCAGAGCGCGGAACUUCAAGAAAAUCGGAUUCAAGAAAUUGCUAGUAAUGCCUUCAUUAACGUGCCACACUUACUUUUCCUUAAUCUAAGUCACAAUUACCUGCCGGACUUGGAGUACGUCGGUCUGGAAAGCCUUCGCUCAUUGGAGGUUCUUGAUCUCAGUUUCAAUCGUUUAUCUAAAGUUUCUAGCCACAGUCUAGCAACUAUGGAGUGGCUGGUGGAAUUAAAGAUGGACAAUAAUCGGAUUUGUGCCGUGCACGGCUCGCCUUUCGAUGAUAUGCCUAGAUUGCGGGUACUGAGCCUGCGAAGUAAUCGAAUGACUGCAGUCUCUGAGAACGCUUUUAAAAGACUACGGUCAAAUAUCGCUAUCUUGGAUAUCGACGGAAAUCCAUUAUCCUGCUCUUGCGGCAUGCUUUGGUUACGAGGAUGGCUACAACAAACUUCCACGGAGGGUCCUAGAUGCGCUGAUGGCUCUCUUUUCAAAGAACUUAGAUUAUCACGACAGGAUUGCCAGCGUGAGAGAUAUGUGGAACUGAUUCAUCCAGGAUGCGAGGCCGAAAUGAUUAACGUUGCCACACCUUCAGUUUCUUCAUCCGCAUUUGGAAUUACAGAAACAGUGCCAUUGUGGAUGAAUCUAAAGGACCCCUCGACACAGACUUCCAUUUCUCAGGAUUCCGAUUAUUUGUACCAGAACGUAGAUUAUCAGGACAACAGAAACGAUACGAAUGCAUUGCUGCCCAGCGUGUCUACCAUUAGCACACCUACUCAGACCAUGAAGAUUAUUCACCCCCCAUCGCAAACGCAGAAACAUCAGAUCCAAAAAAAUACCACAUCACCAGUGAAGAAGAAUCCCAUGAUGCCACCAUCGCCUAGCAGCUCCGGUUUCACCUUCUUCGGCUUACCCUUGCCGAAUUUGAACUUCAAUCUGUGGGGACAUUCGGGGAGAAAAGCGGAAAGAAAAGAAUCCUCGUCGCCAUUAUCAGACAGACCCGGUCGAGGUCGUUACAGAUCUUUCCCACCCACAGAACCGGAAAUUCACAGAGGUGGUUUCGUGCCUCUACCACGUGCGCAAAGUGGAUUCGUGCCGAGCGUCGAUCCUAGAUUAACAUAUGAGAAACACGCGAAGCAUGAGAACACCAUGAAAUCGGUGAACGCAAGCAAUAAAUCGGUACAGGAGGAACGUCCUCGGAAAAGCGGAAACGGCACUGUGAUCAAGGUGGAGAAAACGAUCUCCAGGAUUGGGAAACCACAUACAAAUUUCCAAGGAAAGGAAGAAGUAACCACCGUGUCGACUUUCGAUCGAUCGACUGGUUUUGAGUCUCGCAAGGUUUUACCCAAUGUCACUGGAAUCAGCUUUAAUGCAUCAAACACAAUAAAAAGCAGUGCGCCGGUAAUCAUAGAAGAGGACUCAUCGCAAGAAGCUCACGAAACGUCGGUGUCCACCGAGAUUUACGGCGGUAAAAGUUUAGAAGUAAAUACGGAAGAUACUAAAUUUAUAGAGAAGCCGCGAAUGGAAGUUGCCAGUAAGAUAGUUUGGACGACACCAAAAACUGUAGUAGAGGUAACAAAAAAAACUACAAUUACAAAAGACAUUGUAACGGCAGCUAUGGAGGUAUCAUCGAUAGAAAGAGGAUCCGAAGAUUGGAACUUCAAAAUAUCUGAAUACGAAAAAGAUCCAACUCCUUUAAAUGAUACGAAUGACUCUCUCGAAGAAUCCAAUAAUUUGCAAACGGCAAAAACGAAUGCGGAAUCGCAGGUUUCGUAUUUCUCAACAUUCCCAACGUCUUCUACAUCAAAUCCACGGUCUAAGGAAACUACGACUAUGACUUUCCGAGGAACGGAGGCAUCCGCUUUAUCUGCUCUUCUGAUUCCGGGAGGACAAGUACCAUCUUCGGGACCCGCGGUAAAUCUACGUCCGCUUGGUAGAUCUACGAUAACUAAGGUUGCCUCGCCAUAUCUCAGCUACAAUGCAGAGCAAUCUAGAGAAAAACAAAAGUCAAUCAUCGGUGCUGCUCAGAGAAGCACCGAAAUUAUUGACGAAACGACAACUGAAAGCCAGAACGAGGCGUUUAUCAUCGACGAUGAGGCCAAAGUGACAGAUAACAGUCCUUUCAACUGGUACUUUCAGCACUAUAAUGAUACAAAUUUGGAACCUUAUGUGGGCAUUGUAUACAAUAAUAAUGCUGUUAAGAUUGAUGAGUAUAGAUGUAUAUCAUUACUUUUGCUUGUUUUCAAUAUUCUGAUUUAAAAAGAUUUGGAAUUUGCAGCAGACUUCAGACGAUUUUUAAAUAAACAGAUUAAUUGUGAGAGCUAAAAUAUAUUGUAACAUUUGUUAAAUGCGACAUGUGAAUGUUUUAAAUUAUACAUCAUACUCGUAUGAUUUA